AUGAAAGAAUCAAUAAUCGGCGUUGAUAUGGGCCCUUUGAUUCUUGGGGACCCAGCCUACCCUCUCUUGGACUGGCUAAUAAAAGCUUAUCCAGAAAACCAAAACACACCCAACUGGCAACGGAAUUUCAAUUACCGGCUCAGCAGAGCACGUAUGACUGCGGAAGACACCUUAGGUAGAUGGAAGGGACGUUUCCGACGUGUUCUUAAGCGUAUAGAUACGGCUGUUAGGUCAGCAUGCUACUUGGUGGCUGCUUCAUGUAUACUUCAUAACAUCUGUGAAUUAAGGAAGGAUGACUUUUUAGAAGAAUGGCUUGAGGAUGUGCAUAAUGCUGUUGAAUAG